GCUCGGGGGGAGGGGAGGCCGGAUGUGAGUGGAGCGGCCAUUUCCUGUUUCUCUGCAGUUUUCCUCCGUUUUGGGUGGUGGCUGCUGCCGGGCCGGUGCCUGCCGUCGGCGGAGGGGGCGAAGGCGGCGUGGACGAGUGACUCCGGCAUCCCGCGCCGCCGGAGUGUAGCCGCGCGCCGGUGCGCCCGCUCGCCCUCCCGCCCGCUUCCCGCCUCAGCGUCCGGCCGCCGCCGCGGCCCUGCGAGCGGCCCCGAUGCAGGCCAUCAAGUGUGUGGUGGUGGGAGACGGAGCUGUGGGUAAGACCUGUCUGCUGAUCAGCUACACGACCAAUGCCUUCCCCGGAGAGUACAUCCCGACCGUCUUUGACAACUACUCUGCCAAUGUUAUGGUAGAUGGCAAACCGGUGAAUCUGGGCCUGUGGGAUACAGCUGGACAAGAAGAUUACGACAGAUUACGCCCCCUGUCCUACCCACAAACAGUUGGAGAAGCGUACGGUAAGGAAAUUGCCGCCAGGGGCACAGACAAGCCGAUUGCCGAUGUCUUCUUAAUUUGCUUUUCCCUUGUGAGUCCUGCAUCAUUUGAAAACGUCCGUGCAAAGUGGUACCCCGAGGUGCGACACCACUGUCCCAACACGCCCAUCAUCCUUGUGGGGACAAAGCUGGAUCUUAGGGAUGAUAAAGACACGAUCGAGAAGCUGAAGGAGAAGAAGCUGACCCCCAUCACCUAUCCCCAGGGCUUGGCCAUGGCCAAGGAGAUCGGUGCCGUCAAGUACCUGGAGUGCUCGGCGCUCACGCAGCGAGGCCUCAAGACCGUGUUCGAUGAGGCCAUCCGCGCCGUCCUCUGCCCGCCCCCCGUCAAGAAGAGGAAGAGAAAGUGCCUGCUGCUCUGAAGGCCCCGCGCCCACAGCCCUCGUCCGCUUUGCUGAGAAACGGUGGAGCCUUCGCACUCAAUGCCAAGUUUUUGUUACAGAUUAAUUUUUCCAUAAACCAUUUUGAACCAAUCAAUAAUUUUAAGGUUUUGUUUUAAAUGUAAGAGUUCAGACUCACCUUCUAUUAAAAUUUAGCCCUAAAAUGACAAGCCUUCUUAAAGCCUUAUUGUUCAGAAGCCCCUGUUCUUGCGCAGAGUCCAAGUUGCCAAAAGACCUUCGUGAACUAAGUUGCGUUGUGCUGAGAACACUAAGCACCGAGCGCUGACCGCUGCCGUAAGGGGACUGCGGCUCCCGGAGCAGAGGCGGCCAGCCUCCGUGCAGGCACGUCGCCCUGUGACGGUGCCCGGUCCUGACCCUGUACUGGACGCCCGGAGCAGGUGUCACAGUGCCACUCCGCAGCAGUCCCAUUUCCUAGCGAGCGGCUUGCCGAGACGCUGCCACGCCUCGUGUUCAUGUGUUUCUUCUAACCGAGUCUCCGUAGCUGUGUGUGCUGGGGGGUGUGGGGAGUGAAGUGCCAGAUGCGACCACAGGAUGAAGAGACAGAGGUGACACUACAUUGUCCGCGGAGUGAGCUCCGUAAAGCCGCCGCGUUCCCCAGGGUUCAGUCCGUGUUAGCAGUAGUGUUUCCCAAGCCGUUGCUUUCCGCCCGGCGGCCCUCGCCGAGUCGGCCGCUGGAGCCAUCUUUGAACUGGUCCUCCCCGUAGCUGCCGACUUAGAGCCCCUUCUCAACGAGCAAUAUGCCUCCUUGUAUGAUAACAUCUGAUGACGCAGUAGGAAUUUUUUUGUAGAUUAGUAAAAGUGCAUUCCUGUUAUCGCAUUACUUUAUUCAAAGCUAAUUAAACGCUUUCCUUAGUUUUCUAGUUACUAGGUGUAAAAAUCAUGUGUUGCAGCUUUCCAGGUAUUUUAGAUGAUCUCCCGUGAACGCCGAGCCUCCCUAACAACACUGUCUUGCCAGGCUCCCGACACUCACCCACACUGACCCUCGCGACCGCACCCCACGGACACGCUCCCUCGUGGCUUCCCAGCAGGGUUCCUCUGGGUCUGUGAGGUUGUGUAAACUGCUAGUGCUAACGACGGUCCGUACAGCUGCACUCACUGGCAAGAAAACCACGUGGGAACUUUGAACCACUAAAACAACAUUUUUUAAAUUGACAGUUGCAGAAUUGUGGAGUGUUUUUACAUUGAUCUUUUGCUAAUGCAAUUAGCAGUAUGUUUUGCAUGUAUGACUUAAUAAAUCCUUGAAUCAUA